CGUCCGCCCCGUCCGGCGGCUCGGCCCGCGCCGCCGGCUACGACCUGUACAGUGCCUAUGACUAUGUGAUUCCUCCUAUGGAAAAGGCUGUAGUUAAAACUGAUAUUCAAAUUUCCCUCCCAUCUGGAUGUUAUGGCAGAGUGGCUCCACGUUCUGGUUUAGCUGCUAAGCACUUCAUAGAUGUUGGCGCUGGAGUCAUAGAUGAAGAUUACAGAGGAAAUGUUGGUGUUGUACUCUUUAAUUUUGGCAAGGAACCUUUUGAAGUUAAAAAAGGGGACAGGAUUGCCCAGCUGAUCUGUGAACGUAUCUUUUAUCCUGAUCUUGAGGAAGUUCAGAAUCUAGAUGACACUGAACGUGGUGUGGGUGGCUUUGGUUCAACUGGAAAGAACUGAAGAUAAAACUUGGAUGUAAUAAGUCCUUAUUGUACUUGGGUAUUGUAAAUUAAAUAUUGCCUUUUUUUUUUUUUUUUAAAUGUGCCUGUUUCUAGAAUUCUCUUUAAAUGUAGGAAUUGGAACUUUAGGUUCUGUGAAAAUAAAAAGCUUAAAACCGUCAUACAAGAUUUCCUACACAUCUCUCCCCUUUCACUCAGAAGCGAAAUUAGGUAAUGCUCAGUGGCAUGCUUACUUAAAGCAAGGGUGUCAAACUUGCUCCUCCUCACAAGUUAGAUCCAGACCACAGGGAACUUUAUCUGUUGGUUCAUUCAUUGCACAUUCAUUGCUUGCCCUCAAUGCAGCAGUGGGCAAUUAUUUGGACUGGAGGCCCACUUAGGGAGUUUUGGUGACCUGUCACAGGCUGGUUCAACAGCACCUAUCCCCUCUCCCUCCAUAAGCCUCAUAAAAACUCCCUAAGUGGCUUUGCUUUGUGUGAGGCAGGACUGAUGGAAUGGGGCCACAGGUGGGUAGGAAGUGGCAUCCGGGAGUGGGACAGUUGGGCAGGGCUAGGAUGUUAGGGGCUGUGACAGUGCGAGGCUGGGGUCCAGUGCAGGGCUACAAUCCAUUCCCCAGCACCCAUUACAAGGAUGUGUGGUUCUGUAGGUAGGGGCAUGUGGAGGCCCCAGCCCUGCAUUGUCAUGGUCCUAGAUCCCAGCCCUGCAUUGUCAUGGUCCUAAGAUCCCAGCCCUGCCCACCUGUUCCAGUUGCAGAUGCUGCUCCCCACCAAUUCACAACCCCAUGACAUCCACCCUGCCACACAUCCUGCCCAUGCAGGUCCUCACUGGUCUCAGUGGAGCUGCUGUCACUGGGGCUGCCAGGAAGUGGAGUCCAGCUGCUGUGCUGCCACACACCUAGGGGUGGUAAGACCAGCCCCAUGCACAACAGCCUGGUGGGGCCAAGGGGGCCCACUGUGGGCUGGACAAAAUCCUUUGGCCAUAUUUUACCCACCCCUGCUUUAUUGAUAGUCACAGGUACCCUGAAACACAACAGGGACUAGUCUGGGACUAGGAUAGUCUUUAUCUGUACAUGUAGCUGUGGUGCAAAAUCCUUUAUCUCCAUUUGCUGCAGCAAGCUCUACUGGUAUGUGAUCCUGAAAGUGAUGCAGAAGCUGUCUCCCUAUGAAACAAGCUACAUACUGGCUGAGACAGCUUGACAGGCACAUUAUACUGACCUAGCUGUAAAUACACACAAACUGCUGGUUCUGUUUUCUGUGAUGUUUCCCUUCAGGACCUGCUAGAGUAGCUGCAUUUGUCAGAGGCUGUAUGACACUUGCAAGGUACAAUAGGACUGCAUUUGGUGCAAGCCUGUCGAGAAGAAUGAGAACAAGCUACACUUUAUUUAGUAAAUUAACCCUCCCAGAAAUAAUUGAUAGAGGGUAUACCAAUAUCACUUCCCUAGAGAACCACACAAAGAAACCUUAGGAGAUUGGUUAAUAUAAGGAAAGGAACAAAUUAUAAAAUUCUCGGUCAGGAUCUAAUUUACUUCCAGAUAGAUAUGGUUUUCUAAAGUAGCUCAUAUGGAAACUCAAAUACUUUUUUCAGUUGCUGUACUCAAAAUGCUGCUGAUAGCGAGAUACAGGGAUACAAUCACACCUGAACAUUUUAUUAACAAGGCAUAUUUGCAAAGUGCAUA